CAACCUGUCUUACAAAUGAAAAUGGUGGAAAUCCAACAGUCACUCACUUGGAAUACGUUGAGGAAUGCUCUGCAAAGGAUGACUUGGAUAAUACCAACAGCUCCUACAACAUUACUGCACGGCCGCCCAAAAGUAGAUACCGUAUGUCUGUGUACUUAAG